GUUAUCAGCUGCCGGGCCGCGGCGAGGGACGCGCGGCGACAGCGGACGGCGCCGCCCGGGCCGGGACAGCAGCAGCCGGCGGUCGCGCGCAGGACUCGAGGGCUUCUAGCCACCGUCCCCGCCAGCGCCGCGCCCCGCCACAGGGCGGCAUGAGCCCACCCGCGGCCGCAGCCCUAGCGCCCUGCUCCUCCGCCUGGGCGGCCCGGCUGCGGUGACGGCGCUCGCUGCCCGACUGGGGGCCAUGAAGCCGAGUCCGGCCGGGACGGCGAAGGAGCUGGAGCCUCCGGCGCCGGCCCGAGGCGAGCAGCGCACGGCGGAGCCCGAGGGGCGCUGGCGGGAGAAGGGCGAGGCAGACACCGAGCGGCAGCGCACCCGGGAGCGGCAGGAGGCCACGCUGGCCGGGCUGGCGGAGCUGGAGUACCUGCGCCAGCGCCAAGAGCUGCUGGUCCGGGGCGCCCUGCGCGGCGCCGGGGGUGCGGGAGCCGCUGCGCCCCGCGCUGGGGAGCUACUGGGGGAGGCGGCGCAGCGCAGUCGCCUGGAGGAGAAGUUCUUGGAGGAGAACAUCUUGCUGCUAAGAAAGCAAUUGAAUUGUUUGAGGCGAAGAGAUGCUGGUUUGUUGAAUCAGUUGCAAGAGCUUGACAAGCAGAUAAGUGACCUGAGACUGGAUGUAGAAAAGACAUCUGAAGAGCACCUGGAGACAGACAGUCGGCCUAGCUCAGGGUUUUAUGAGCUGAGUGAUGGGGCUUCAGGAUCCCUUUCCAAUUCCUCUAACUCGGUGUUCAGUGAGUGUUUAUCCAGUUGUCAUUCCAGCACCUGCUUUUGCAGCCCCUUGGAGGCGACCUUGAGUCUCUCAGAUGGUUGCCCCAAAUCUGCAGAUCUCAUAGGAUUGUUGGAAUAUAAAGAAGGCCACUGUGAAGACCAGGCCUCAGGGGCAGUUUGCCGUUCCCUCUCCACACCACAAUUUAAUUCCCUUGAUGUCAUUGCAGAUGUGAAUCCCAAGUACCAGUGUGAUCUGGUGUCUAAAAACGGGAAUGAUGUAUAUCGCUAUCCCAGUCCACUUCAUGCUGUGGCUGUGCAGAGCCCAAUGUUUCUCCUUUGUCUGACGGGCAACCCUCUGAGGGAAGAGGACAGGCUUGGAAACCAUGCCAGUGACAUUUGCGGUGGAUCUGAGCUAGAUGCCGUCAAAACAGACAGUUCCUUACCGUCCCCAAGCAGUCUGUGGUCUGCUUCCCAUCCUUCGUCCAGCAAGAAAAUGGAUGGCUACAUUCUGAGCCUGGUCCAGAAAAAAACACACCCUGUAAGGACCAACAAACCGAGAACCAGCGUGAACGCUGACCCCACGAAAGCGCUUCUGAGGAACGGGAGCGUUUGUGUCAGAGCCCCGGGCGGUGUCUCACAGGGCAGCAGUGUGAACCUGAAGAAUUCGAAACAGGCGUGUCUGCCCUCUGGCGGGAUACCUUCUCUGAACAAUGGGACAUUCUCCCCACCGAAGCAGUGGUCGAAAGAAUCAAAGGCCGAACAAGCCGAAAGCAAGAGGUCGCCCCUGCCAGAGGGCUGCCCCUCAGGCGCUGCCUCCGACCUUCAGAGUAAGCACCUGCCAAAAACGGCCAAGCCAGCCUCGCAAGAACAUGCUCGGUGUUCCGCCAUUGGGACAGGGGAGUCCCCUAAGGAAAGCGCUCAGCUCUCAGGGGCCUCUCCAAAAGAGAGUCCUAGCAGAGGCCCUGCCCCGCCGCAGGAGAACAAAGUUGUACAGCCCCUGAAAAAGAUGUCACAGAAAAACAGCCUGCAGGGCGUCCCCCCGGCCACUCCUCCCCUGCUGUCUCCAGCUUUCCCCGUGGAAGAGAGGCCUGCCUUGGAUUUCAAGAGUGAGGGCUCUUCCCAAAGCCUGGAGGAAGCGCACCUGGUCAAGGCCCAGUUCAUCCCGGGGCAGCAGCCCAGUGUCAGGCUCCACCGGGGCCACAGGAACAUGGGCGUCGCGAAGAACUCCAGCCUGAAGCACCGCGGCCCAGCCCUCCAGGGGCUGGAGAACGGCUUGCCCACCGUCAGGGAGAAAACGCGGGCCGGGAGCAAGAAGUGUCGCUUCCCAGAUGACUUGGAUACAAAUAAGAAACUCAAGAAAGCCUCCUCCAAGGGGAGGAAGAGUGGGGGCGGGCCCGAGGCUGGUCUUCCCGGCAGGCCCGCGGGCGGGGGCCACAGGGCGGGGAGCAGGGCACAUGGCCACGGACGGGAGGCGGUGGUGGCCAAACCUAAGCACAAGCGAACUGACUACCGGCGGUGGAAGUCCUCGGCCGAGAUUUCCUACGAAGAGGCCCUGAGGAGGGCCCGGCGCGGUCGCCGGGAGAAUGUGGGGCUGUACCCCGCGCCUGUGCCUCUGCCCUACGCCAGCCCCUACGCCUACGUGGCUAGCGACUCCGAGUACUCGGCCGAGUGCGAGUCCCUGUUCCACUCCACCGUGGUGGACACCAGUGAGGACGAGCAGAGCAAUUACACCACCAACUGCUUCGGGGACAGCGAGUCGAGUGUGAGCGAGGGCGAGUUCGUGGGGGAGAGCACAACCACCAGCGACUCUGAAGAAAGCGGGGGCUUAAUUUGGUCCCAGUUUGUCCAGACUCUGCCCAUUCAAACGGUAACGGCCCCAGACCUUCACAACCACCCCGCAAAAACCUUUGUCAAAAUUAAGGCCUCACAUAACCUCAAGAAGAAGAUCCUCCGCUUUCGGUCUGGCUCUUUGAAACUGAUGACGACGGUUUGAGUGACAUCAUUGGUGUAGAAAGUUUGUGUGUGUGUUUUUUUCUUCUCCCUAGUUGCCGAAAUUAAAAAGGUGUUUUCAUUUUUGUGUAA